AUGGAAACAAACGUCCCGAAAAGACGUGACAACAAGAAGUCUCUGCGGGUUAAAGUGAUCAGCCUCGGAAACGCCGAGGUGGGAAAGAGCUGCAUCAUUAAACGUUACUGCGAGAAGCGCUUUGUUCCAAAGUACCUGGCGACAAUCGGCAUCGACUAUGGCGUCACAAAAGUGCAGGUCAGAGACCGAGAAAUCAAAGUGAACAUCUUCGACAUGGCCGGUCAUCCAUUCUUUUACGAGGUACGAAAUGAAUUUUACAAGGACAGUCAGGGCGUGCUGCUGGUGUACGACGUUGGCCUCAGGGAGAGCUUCGACGCCCUCGACAGCUGGCUGGCAGAGAUGAAACAGGAAAUGGGCUCUCAGGCCAACAUGGACAGCAUCGUCUUCAUCGUCUGCGCCAACAAGGUGGACCUGACCAAGAGACGGGUGGUGGACGAGGGGGAGGGCCGUCUGUGGGCGGAGUCCAGAGGGUUUCAUUACUUUGAGACGUCGGCGCAAAGCGGCGAGGGCAUCAACGAGAUGUUCCAGGCCUUCUUCUCCUCCAUCACGGACAUGUGCGAGAACGGCGGGAAGCGCCCAGUGUCGGAGGUCAGCGUGGGCUUCACCAAGGAGCAGGCCGACACUAUUCGACGCAUCCGCAACAGCAAGGACUCAUGGGACAUGUUGGGCGUGAAACCCGGUGCCACCCGGGAGGAAGUGAACAAGGCGUACAGGAAGUUGGCGGUCCUGCUGCACCCGGACAAGUGUGUGGCGCCUGGCAGCGAGGACGCCUUCAAGGCAGUGGUGAACGCUCGCACGUCGCUGCUUAAGAACAUUAAAUGA